UCCUCUGAGCUGGACGUCUGAAGCGAUGAUCACUAACAUGAUUGUGUUGCUGUGUUUGUCUGCUCUGUUUCCCGUCUUGAUGGGCGCUGAUGUGGUUAAAUCUGAUCUUCUUCGUACCAAAGACUGAUAUUUAUGUGAGUGGAUAUAGCACCAGUGGCGUGUACACCAUCACCACAAUAGAUGGACCGGUGCAGGUCUACUGUGAGAUGAAGUCUGAUGGACAAGAUAACCAAGGACCCUGGACGGUAAUUCUCAGGAGAAUGGAUGGCGAGGUGAAUUUCUAUAGGCCGUGGAGGAGCUAUAAAUGGGGUUUUGGUAAUAAAGGCGGCGAACACUGGCUGGGUUUAGAGUUUGUUCAUCAGCUGACGCGCAGGUAUCAGUAUAAACUCAGAGUAGAUUUGGAGGACUUUGAUGGGAAUAAGGCUUACGCUGUCUACAAGUCUUUCUCUGUGGGCUCUGAGUCUGAAGGGUACAAACUGCGAGUGAGCGGCUUCGUCAACGGAGGAGCAGGUGACUCUUUAAUUAAUCACAAUGGAAUGAAGUUCUCUACCUAUGACAAAGACCAAGAUAAUCAUAAAAACAAUUGUGCUAAGGACUACGGAGGAGGGUUCUGGUACAACAAAUGUUAUUACACAAACCCCACUGGGCACUAUUUGUGGGAGAAAGAGGGUAUAGUAAUGGAUUAUGGAGCCACCUGGUACUACUGGAAGAACAACUGGAAUUCCCUGAAGUCCAUCACCAUGAAGAUCAAACGUGUGAAUUAGAGCCUUUAUAUGUGCUUCACUGCAGCUUGUGCGCAUAUCAUCGUAUCCAUUUGAUGCAUACAUGUGGAUCUUUCUUAAAAUAUGGUAACAAACAUUUCCCUUGACUUUUUAUUGUGAAAAAUAUUUCAAAAGUUUAAGAAAUCUCAAAUAUUAAAUAGUUUCACUCAUAAUGUCAUGUAUAAAAUAUAAAAAAGAAUGUGCCCUCUUAUACAUCUUCGUGCUCUUCUGCAUCAGCAAAACCUCUUUGUCCCACUGCAGCAGCUGGAAUUACAUCUGGUCUGAAACAAUAAAGGUUUAUCAUCAAAA